AUCUAUUCUAUCCAUAACUUCCUAUGACAAUUUGAAUCUUGUAUUAUCUCGAAAUAUAAAGUAAUUCUGCGACACUAUACACCGCAGCAUGGCCGACUCAGAGGCACCCCAUCCACCCCCCACUUCCGGGCCAUCGAAAGACACACAGGAUGCUGUGAAGCGUCGCGAAAGCUUCAGCUCUCAAAACUCGCAAACUGCCAGACAAUUCAUUGAGUCGCAAAUUCGCCUCGAGGCUGAUGCGCGUGAGAUCCUUCCCUACUCUUUUGACUCUUGCACCAAGGCUCUAGGUCCUCUACGACAAUCUCUCUUCGCCUGCCUAACUUGCAACCCUGCACCCUCCGACGUUCAAACCUCAUACACCCCAGCCGCCGUAUGCUACUCCUGCUCCAUCGCCUGCCACGGCGAGCACACCCUCGUUGAGUUGUUCGCCAAGCGCAACUUCGUCUGCGACUGCGGCACGACGCGGAUGCCAUCGACCGCGCCCUGCACGCUGCGCAACGAUCCCGAGACCGGCGCCAAGGGCGUUCACUCCGAAGAGCCCCAUGCGGGCAACCACUAUAACCACAACUUCCAAAACAAGUUCUGCGGCUGCGGCGAAGACUAUGACCCCAAUCAGGAGCGCGGGACGAUGUUCCAGUGUCUGGGUGUAGGCACCGUUGAAACGGGCGGUUGCGGCGAGGACUGGUGGCACCCGGAGUGCUUGAUCGGCCUGUCGCGCGACUGGUACAAGAAUGCAAAGCAAGAGGAGAAAGAAAAGCAGAAGGAUGUGAAACCAGAGGACGGAAUCCCAGCGGUGAGCGGUGUCAACGAGAACGACGAUGAUGAUGACGACGAGACGCCGCUCCCACCUGGUUUCCCGGAGGAGGGUGACUUCGACGUGCUCAUCUGCUACAAAUGCGUUAACUCCAAUCCUUGGCUAAAGCGUUACGCGGGCACACCGGGGUUCCUUCCCCCUGUCUACAAAGAAGGUGGACUUGCCAAACCAUCUGUCGUCUCCGAGAAACCCAAUCCUGCCGAAACAGCAGACAAAAAGCCGACAAUCACAGAGCCAAGCGGUCCAGUCACCACCGACGCGCAGACCGAACCCGCCAACCCCAAGAAGCGCAAAGCUGAUGACCCCGACAACAGUGCCCAGGCAGAGACCACCGCCGAACCCGCCACAAAGCGCAUCAAGGAUGAGGAGGAGGGGGCUUCCGAACCCACCACAACCACGACUAACGCCGACACCAACCCAGCACCACCAAUUCAACUACAAGAGGAAACUACUCCCCCCAGCACCUUGAAGCCAAAACACGCCUCCCUCCCCACCAACACUCCAACCCAACCCUUCUCCCUCUUCCUCCACGAAUCCUUCCGCGACCACCUUUGCCGCUGCCCAGAGUGCUACCCCCACCUCGCCGCGCACCCGCAACUCCGCGAGGAGGAGGAGACCUAUGAACCGCCCGUCUCCGAGGACGGGGAGGGUGGCGGCGACGGCGCCCGCAGUACCGGUACGGGCAGCCUGCUCGACCGCGGCGAGGCAGCCCUCAGCAACAUCGACCGCGUGCGCGCUAUCGAGGGCGCCAUGGUCUACAACCACCUACGCGACAAGGUGAAGGAGUUCCUAAAGCCGUUCGCCGAGAGCGGCACCGCCGUCAGCGCAGAGGACAUCAAGGCCUACUUCGAGAAGCUGCGCGGUGACGAUCAGCAUAUUCGGGAGGCGGCGGCUGCCACGGGGGGGCAGGCUUCUGACAGGUCUGGGGGUCAGGGUGAUCAUGAUGGUGGGGAUGGUCGGAGGGAGCAGAACGGUUAUUGAGUCGCUGUUUGCUCCUCGUUGAUUUGGGUUGGGUGGCUUGCAAGGAAAAGGUACGGAUUUAGCGAGUCUGAUAAUUUACUGGAUGGUUGGGAUAUGCACCUAGGACUUAUGGGAAAGGGAAUUGAUACUAAAUAUUGGAUGGAAAGGCGCGAUGGAUCUAUCACUUAAAUGAGGCAGAUAAUCUGAAUUGGC